CACGAAUCAGGGGUUUCUGCGCGCUCGGCCAGUUGAUUGAAGGCAACACCAUUCAUGAGCAGGAUACGUCUCGGGAAUCGGGACUAUGUGACCGAGUGAGGCAUCGAACACCAUCUGACGGACGGUGACCAUAUACUGUGUGUAAUGCUUCAAAAAGUAUCCGAGAAGGGGGGUUGACGUCCCGCGCUGGGCAAGCCACGCGGGUGUCUGUCCCAAUUCCCGGGAGCAACAACAUGAGCAUUUUCGCAGCAGCAGAUCUCGAUUAGAACUUGGCGCCGAGAUGCUGAAAGAGCCGCAUGUCACGGUCCUGGGCCAAGACCCUUCAAGCCGCAAAUCCAACAUCAACUGCAAUUCUUUCCAGCAGGAUGCCAUUGUCACGUUCAACGGCUGGCAGUAUUGCUGCUUUUACUCUUUCCUCCAAUCAGAGCCAUCAUCAGUUGCCGCUGAGGAACCUCUGUAUGUGCAUGUCGCGAGAAGACAGCUGCCGCAUGGCGAAUGGGAGGUGAUGGUGCUUGAGGACUACCCGCAGACGACCGACGAUGGGCACAAUACUGUCCAGAUGGGCAUCUGCCCGGGCGAUGGCACCAUCCACCUUUCCUACGACCACCAUUGCGAUGUAUACCGCUAUUCAGUCCGCGGACUGGCCACAAACCCGACCGCCUUUGCAUGGACGUCGUCACUCUUCACCCCGACCCUGGAUUACCUCCCCGGCCUGCCAUCCGCGCACCGCCAUUUCGGAUACGUGACGUACCCUCGCUUCGGCUUCCUGGGCGAAGACAUGUUUUGCUCGUUCCGGGACGGUAAGGCCGGGCUGGGCAACGACUAUCUGUAUGUGUACAGCGGCGCCACGGGGCACUUCGCGUUUGUGGGCGACCACCUGACGGGCAUCCGGAGCAACCCGUACGUGCACGGCAUGGACUACCGCAACGGCCGCCUCCACGUCACCUGGGUCUACCGCGCCUUCGUGCACUACGACGGAUGGGACGACCCGCUCGAUACCAAGCACAAGCAGCAGGCCGGGCCCAACGGGCCCGAGAACAACCACGACAUCUGCUACGCCUACAGCGACGACAGGGGCUACACGUGGAGGAACGGCGCGGGAAAGGUUGUUGCUGAUCUGAAGAAGGGCGAGACGGUGGCCAAUGACACCGAGGGGAUCGUCGCGCUUAAUAUCCCCAAGAACUCUGGCCUUUCCAACCAAGAGGCCCAAGCCGUGGACCAGGAUGGCGGCGUCCACGUCUUGAAUCGAGACACGACAGACGGCGGAGACGACGGGCCGUUGUGGAAGCACUACUACCGGUCGCCGGACGGCAUCUGGACGCAACGCCCGAUCCGACCCAUCACCGGUCGAGCUCGUGGACGGCUGGCGGUGAGCAAAACCGGGGACUUGUUCAUUGUGCUUCCGGACUUUGCAGCGUCGACAAUGCGAAUCGUAAGGGCUUCCAAGGCGACGAAAUAUACCAGCUACAACGAGGUCUGGACGGGCCGCAACCUCACUGGCGAGCCGCUGGUCGACGCUUCGAGGCUCGAGCACGACAAUAUGCUGUCGGUGUUGGCCCUGUCUGAGGAGGAGGGCGCUUCAAAACGGCGGAAAAUCGUCGUCUUGGACUUUCAGUUGUGAUGUGUCCGAAAAGUCGAUACAAUCUGAACCUGUCCGCGGAGCAGCGGUAACAUGACCACUGUCCCACUACCUGAACGGUCACGUUGAAGAACGGACGCAAUCAAUCAGAAAAACGAAAUUUUCGCUAUGACCGCGUCUCGCAUGCAGGCGCAGCAGCCACUGGGAUGGCGGACUUGGACCAUCAAGGGGCGCAUCCAAUUCUUGGAUGCAUGGUUUUAUACUCGCAUC